CACAUCUCUACUAGCUUGAAACCAUCGGCAACGACCUUUAGCGCUCCGAGGUCCGUAUAUCGUCUUUUCUUGUAUAAAAAGGAUCUCCAGUAUUCUUCCAUUUGCAUCAACCAGCAGCCUCUUGUUUUUUCUUCUUUCCCACUCUUCCCCCAUAGAGCAUAUCAACUUAGAUCUAAUCACUCAUAACACAUAGAUUAACAUUGCAAUGUCGGCAGUACUCCCAGUCACCCUCCAUGACGUUCUCUCUCAAGCUACUGAGCGGUACCCUUCUCACGAGCUCGGAUUCAUCACAUCUUCCGCUCACGACUCUUCCAUUCGAGCGACCACAUUCAGCUCCUUCAACCAGUAUGUGCGCAACCUCGCUCGCGCUAUGCUGGAUUGGGGAAAGCCCGUUGGCUCGGUUAUUGUUGUCUACCUGACCGAGCACGAGGAUAACAUGGCCGCUGUUUGGGCUUGUCUCCUUGCAGGCUACGUUCCAUGCUUGCAACCCGCCCUUAGUGCCCAGCAGGCUCACAAGGAGGGCCAUGUUGCUCAUAUCAAAAACCUGUUCUCGUCCGCUAUCUGGCUCACUAAUGAGUCCGGCGCUGACCAGGUGAAUUCCAUCAGCGGUCUGGAUAUUUACCUUCUUUCGGAGCUCAAGGCUUCAGCUUCGAAAUACCACGUUUCUGCCGACUGGGUCGCCCGUACCCCCCAGCCAGAUGAUGAAGCAAUACUAUUUUUAACCUCUGGAUCAACUGGCUUCUCCAAAGCAGUUGUCCACAGCCACCGCACUAUUUUGGCCGCUUGCUCCGCCAAAGGAGAGGCUUAUGGGUUGACUUCAAAGACUAAUGUACUCAAUUGGGUUGGAUUCGACCAUGUCGCGGGUUCUUUGGAAAUGCACAUUACCCCCUUGUUGUUUGGCGCAUCUCAAAUUCAUGUCCAUGCAUCUGCUAUUCUCUCCGACCCACUUCGUUUCCUCCGUCUGAUCGACGAGAAGUCCAUCAACGUUGCAUUCAGCCCUAACUUCUUGCUUGCAAAACUUACACGGGACUUGGAGAAGAGGACCGAUCUCAUCGGAACUUUCGACCUUUCUUCCAUCAAGCGCAUCAACAGCGGAGGGGAGGCUGUAAUUUCGAAGACUGCUCAAUCAUUUGUAGCUGUCCUCAAGAAGCUUGCACAAGACCCUCUCAAGGUUUCUUUCGUAAUCUCACCUGGAUUUGGUAUGACCGAGACCUGCGCGGGGUGUAUCUACGAGCCGGUGGAUCUUAGCAUUACUGAGCCAAAACACGAAUUCCUCGAUUUGGGUCGCCCUGUACGCGGUUGCGAGAUGCGUAUCGUCGACCCUGAAGAUGGCAAAACGAUCCGCAGGGACGGAGAGAGUGGCGAGCUGCAAGUCCGUGGCCCCAUGAUAUUCGUUCGUUACUACAACAACGCGGAGGCCACAUCUUCCAGCUUUGUCGAUGGUUGGUACCGCACCGGUGAUGUCGGCAUUAUCGAGGACGGUGUCAUGCGUCUCAGUGGCCGCAUCAAAGACACUGUUAUCGUCCACGGUGUGUCAUAUGGUAUUCCAGAGCUGGAGACGCACCUCCAGACUGUCGAGGGUGUCACGCAUUCCUUCCUUGCUGCUGCUCCCUACCGUGCACCCGGGCAAGAGACUGAAGGUUUCAUUAUCUUCUACGCUCCUACUUUCGACCUUAACGGAGAAGAUGCUUCCACGAAACUAUUUGCCACGCACCGCGCCCUCCGUGAUAUCUGUGUCAAAAUGAUCACCCUCCCUCCUCAAUUCAUCGUCCCCAUUCCUAUCAACCAGAUGGAGAAGACUACUCUUGGAAAGCUCUCGAGAGCCCGCCUUGUCAGCCUAUUCAAACAGGGAGAACUUGCCAAGCACAUCGCUCGUGCUGAGGAACUUCUCAGCGAGGCUCGGGGCUCUUCAUUUGUCGCCCCUUCUACAGAGGCCGAGAAAGCUCUUGCAAAGAUUUACGCUGGGAUCUUUAACCUGAGCGAGAAUGAAAUGUCAGCAAGCGACAACUUCUUCGAGCUCGGUGGUACCUCUAUCGAUGUCAUCAGACUCAAGCGCGAGGGUGAAGCACACUUCGGUUUGCCCGAAAUACCCACUAUCCAGAUCCUCAAGCACCCCGUCAUUUCCAGCUUGGCGAAUUACGUCAACACUCUUCUCUCAAAGGACAGCGCCGCCGAGGAGUACGACCCCAUCGUUCCUUUGCAGCUUACGGGCAACAAGACACCCAUCUUCUUCGUUCACCCUGGUGUCGGUGAGGUCCUUAUUUUCGUCAACCUCGCCAAGUACUUCCAGAACGAACGUCCCUUCUAUGCUCUUCGUGCUCGUGGCUUCGAGCCAGGUCACCCUUUCUUCACCUCCAUGGACGAAAUGGUGUCAACCUACGCUGCUGCAGUAAAGAGGACUCAACCCACUGGUCCUUAUGCCAUCUCCGGUUACAGUUAUGGUGGUGUCGUCGCCUUUGAGGUCGCUAAGCGCCUCGAGGCUAUGGGUGAUGAAGUUAAAUUCGUCGGUCUCAUCAACAUCCCCCCUCACAUCGCCGACCGCAUGCACGAGAUCGACUGGACUGGUGGUAUGCUCAACCUUUCAUACUUCCUUGGCCUUGUGACGAAGCAAGAUGCCAAUGACCUCACACCCACUUUGAGACCUCUCUCGAGGAAGGAACAACUGGAGGUUGUCUGGAAACUAUCACCUCCCGAGCGUCUUAUUGAGCUCCAGCUCACGCAAGAGAAGCUUGACCACUGGGUCGACAUUGCUGGCUCCCUAAUUGAGUGCGGCAAGGAGUACAACCCGGCUGGCUCAGUCUCCGCUCUUGAUGUCUUCUACGCAAUCCCCCUGAAGGGAACAAAGGCCGAUUGGCUCAACAAGCAACUCAAGCCAUGGGACGGCUUCAGCCGUGGCCAGGCAACAUACACUGACGUCCCUGGGCAACAUUACACUCUCAUGGACUUUGACCACGUUCCUCAAUUCCAAAAGAUCUUCCGCAGCCGUCUUGAAUCUCGUGGUAUUUGAGACUACAGAUUGUCACGGUCGGAACUUGGAGGCGGAUUGAUUUUACCGGGAUUUAUUGUAUAUGUAUAUAUUUCUAUAUCAUGGUGGACUUUUCUUAUACAUACUUGUACGGUAGUAUUUUUUUGUAA